AUGUUUCAACCACUGCGACUUUGCUUCAACCCUUUCAACAUUGUUUCAACCACUGCGACUUUGCUUCAACCCUUUCAACAUUGGUUCAACCAUUUUUCAACCAUUGUGACUUUAAGAGCCGAAUGGGUUGAUAUUAUCAGCAUCUUGGAUACAGUUAGGAAAACAGGGUUUGAUGAGCUGGAUCUUGUUGGAGGAAACCUGUUUAUCUUGGAGAGAUCAAACAAACAUCUUUCUAUUCGGCAUCUCAGAGGUGUUGAGGAAUCCAGAAAUCUUACUUCAAGUCUUAAACUCAGAGUAAAUACAUUCAACCAUCAUAUGCCAUGGGGAUACUCCUCCUUAUUCAAGAAUACAAAUACACAGGACAGAGAAUUAGAAAUACUGGAUUCAUAUAUAAACAAUGAAUAACUAUGCUUGUUGGGAAUAUUCUAAAUAAUGUAUGAACAGAAUAUGAAUCUCUGUUAUCUGUAAAUAUCACAUGUAAUGUUUAUAAUUAUUCACAUCUUACAGAUGUUUUUUUUUGAGUUUUUGAUGAAAAGUUAACAUAUUUUGGGUUUCCACAAACAACGAGAUUUUAAUGACGACCUUAAACACAUUAGUAGUCGGUCUUUUACAUUAAAUAUAAGGUUGCGGUGAACUGGGAAUCAAAAAAGAAAGCUUAUUAAUUCUUUACGGUCGUGUCAGAAAUCUUGUUCUCUGUGGCCAGCUCUCAGAUCUUUAAAGUAAACCAAAUCUUUAAAUCUCUCGUUUAAUGAAUUAAUAUAGCUUUAAAUUGUUUGUAAAAUUUAAUUACGUAAAACAAGUGCGGUAUUAUUUGUGCAUUUAAUGUUGUGAAU